AUGGAUUCCUACGGAAGCAACACCUCUGGCAACCGCCGCGAAUUCACCGACCGCACUGACCUUGGUAACAAUCAAUUCGACUCUACCACUGGCCGUAGUGGUUACGGCCAAGGCCAAGACCAAUUCAGCUCUGGUACCACUGCAGGCGGCUUCGAAAGUGGCCGCCGUGAUCGCUUUGACGACACAACCACUGGAAUGGGCAACAACUCCUCGCUUGGCUCCAGCGGCAACACUGGCCGCAUGGGCAUGGGCGACUCCACGACUUAUGGCUCUGAUUCCCGCACCACUGGUACCCUCGGCAACUCAGGCUACAGCGACCGCUCUGAAUUCGACAAUGGUAUGGGCGGAAAGCCUACUAUGGGCGACAAACUCAAGGGCGGCGUUGAACAGAUCGCUGGAAAGGUUAUGAACAAGCCUGCCAUGGAGACCCGAGGCCAAGAGCGCAAGAUGGGAGAGUUUGAGCGCAGCGAGUUCUAG